CUUGCCAUAUACCUUUGUAUUCGGUCAAGUUUUGACUUUCCAUCCAUUCCAUUUUAUCUUCCACUUCACCUUAUUAUUGGACCGGAGAACAAUAAGGAAGUAGACUUCGAGAAAAAGAAAUUCACCUGUUCUCAGACCCAAUGAUCUGGUUAGGGACAAGGUUAGUAAAGAUGAAAGGGCCAUUAGCUUCUAUAUCAGAAGAUGUGAUUUUUAUUUCAACAUGCAGAUGGAAUCAUAUAUGAGUUGUAUUCUUAGACCAUCAAAUCACCAGAACUGGAUGGUGAAGAACCAAAGAUAAAGAGUAAUAAAAAUCUAGAAGAAAGGCAAAAAAAAAAAAAACCCGAUAACCUACCGUCGACCGCAAGAGUUAUAUGUACUUAAGACACGCAGAUGUUGGUGCCACAAUGUCCUCCGUAUGUAUAGACUAUGAUCAGCUCCUCGGUACGCGUCUUGGACGCCAAGCCAUGGCGCAAUAGUUUGACGUGUUGUGGAACAACAACCCUAUAUUUGCUAACCGUGAUAUUGUCAAGUCGGCUCUUCAAACCUUAAUGACCCUAUCUUUGCUAAACUUGAUUUUGUAGGGGGAGAUAGGAAAACAAAAGGGAACUAAGAAUCCGAGUUUGAUGGUUGUUUGGAAGAAAAACUUGAAGAACCCCUUGAAGAUAGAUUUCGAGGAAAACAAUAGAGGGACUUACGUCGUUGUCGGUGACAACAUCGAAAAUUUCAAUUCUCUAGCUGGUGCGAUUAUCUCUAAGAUCCCUUACUACUACCCCUCCACGAGAGAUGUGCCAGAAGACCAUACUUGCACCAUCUUCGAUGAGAUUCAAGUUAAUUGUUUUCAGUUAUUGUAUUUAUGAACAUAUACAGUAGUCUCCAACCGUUCUCAUAUCUUGCAGAAUUUCUAUGAUGUGGUGCCCCAUAUUGAAGGGAAGUCGGGUGAGGUUGUUAAAUCAGGGCUUGAAUUUCACUUUGGGAACAUUUUUAAAAAUAAGAAGUGGAGGUUUGGCAAGAAACACUUUGAGGACCGAGGGGGGGGGUAGCCAAUGCAGAGGCGCUUAUGGAAUUGCCUCCUAAAGAUGUGCCAACUGAGGAUUGGAAAAAAUUUGUGCGUUAUAGGUGUUCGGACCAGUUCCAGAAACGCUCCAAAGCAAACAAGGAUUGCAGGAAGGCAUAGGAAAUCAUAGUAUGCAAUGGAAGAAGGAAUCUCGUACGGUAUCGCUAUGGGCAUCCCCAUCGAUGUGUACAAAGACUUGAGGACUAAGGAAGGAGUCUUCACAGAGAGUAAAGCUGUCGAAUUGCAUGCUGAUAUGGUCACAAAAAGAAAAGACCCCAGUUAUCAGAUGUCGAGCGAUGAUGAUAUUGUGCGGGAGGUGCGGGGGGAGCGUUGUGGCUGGACUCGGGCAGUAGGGCAGAAGCUGCCCCGGUCUAUAUUUGCAAAAGAUUUCUCUUCCUCUAGUGAACCAAAGUACACACAACUAGAUGUACAACAGAUUCUUGAGGAGUAUACCGCCCCGCUUUGGAGCAAGCUUGCCAUGACCCCCCCCCCCCCCUCCCUUCCCUGUAAUGAAGCAUGUAGACCCACAAGGGAAAGGAAAAGGAGAUCGAGAACGAGAACCAUGUUGUUGAUCUUGAUGAUGAGGAUGGCGAGGAACAUAUUGAUGACGUGUGAUUGGUUCAUGUGUAACUUCAAACUUUACUCAACUCUUGCUAUUUUUUUUUAUUUUGGUAUGUCUUUUGCUACAUUUUGGUAUGCUACUUGGUAUGUAAUAACUUAGGUAUGUGACGUUUGGUAUGCUACUUCGUAUGUAAUAACUUAGGUAUCUAUGUGACGUUUGGUAUGCUACUUGGUAACUUAGGAAUAUGCAGGUUGAUCACUUUGGUAUGAAAA